GUGAAAGCACCCGUCUGUCUCUCUCUCUCUCCGCCCCCUAGAACCCAAGACUCAACCCAAGAAGCUUCUCUCUCUCUCUCUCUGUCGUGCAAUGUUCUCCAUGGACCUUUAUGGCAUAAGGGAUGGGAUUCAGGGAGGACCUCGGCCUCUCUGAAUUUUCCACGGGGAUUCUGGCUUCUUGAAAGAGAGCUUUCUGGGCCAAGAAAAUAUUCAAGAAAGAAGAAAUUCUCUUCGGUUCGGUUCAGGUUCUGGGUGGAGCUUUCCCUGAGACCGGAGCUCAUGAAGCUUUCAUGCAAGUUCCACGUGUCCGUUCCUUAACGUCAACCAUGAUUCGUGGGCGGGUAUGCAAUGACGGGACUAUGGGUUCAUGGAGAGCUAAGGCCUGACUGUUGAUUUCUUCGUGGAGACUUGGAAUCACGGCAAUAUAAAUUUAGACUGGCAACAGCUUUCUUAGACUCUAGUUAUAGUAGGGCAAAUCUCCUUUGGCAACAUAUACAGGUUUCUAACUGAAACCAUUCAGGCUUUGGUGGACACUUCAAACUUUCAUCUGCUCAGUGAAACUUCAGCAUUGCGGAAAAGCUUGAGGAGCCUUAUUUUGAUGAAUUAUCUGACAAAGUGUUGCACAUGCUCACUUUUUCUGCGACUCCAUCCUUGCAAUCUUUGGCAGCUUCACUCAGACCUGUGCAAGAAGUCAUCGCUUGUCAGACUUCUGUGACUGGAAAACUAUCUCAAAAGUUUCUGCUGCUGGAAACUUCGGCUUAAAGUCCAUUUUUUUGGGCAAAUCUCCUUUGGCAUUUCGGAGUCCUUAGUUGGCUCCAUCUAUCCCUGUAAACUGGGGGCAAAUCUCCUUUGGCAUCGGUUCUCCAGAUUUAACAGUUGCAGUCUCUAAGAGAUUACGAAUUGUUAUCUGCACCGAAAAAGUAUAUCGACAUAUAUUAAAGUGUAUACCAAUAGAUCAAUCAAUACAUAGUGUGUUGUCAAGUGAAGCAUCAAGAACUCACUUUUAUCUGAAGAUUGAGCACAAGUUGUUCUAAAAUUUCUCAAGCUAGUGCAAGUUUGGAGGUUUUUGAGAAAUGGAUUCUCCCUUCAGCGAGUCUGAUUGGGAUAGUUUCAGUGAGAGCAGUGAGGAUAUGGAUAUACUGUUUGGAGGUCAGGCCGUGAACCUCUUGUCUAACCUGGAGGAGAGCAUCGGCAAGAUCGAUGACUUCCUUUCUUUUGAAAGAGGAUUUUUUCAUGGUGACAUAGUGUGCUCUGUACAACACCCAUCUGGCCAAUUGGGCAAAGUCAUAAACGUAGAUAUGUUCGUUGACUUGGAGAACGCUCAUGGGAAAGUCAUCAGAGACAUAAACUCCAAGAAACCAAUUAAAAUUUGCUCAAUUUCAGUGGGUGAUCAUGUUGUUUUUGGGCACUGGCUUGGAAGAGUGGUUAAAGUAAUUGAUUCUGUCACCAUACUGUUCGAUGACGGGGCAAAGUGUGAUUUCACUGGAGUUGAUCAAGAAAAACUCAUUCCUAUUUCUCCAAACAUUUUUGAUGACUCGCAAUAUCUACAUUAUCCUGGACAGAGGGUGAAGGUUAUGGCUCCAACUGCUUCUCGAUCUGCAAGAUGGCUAUGUGGAAGUUGGAAGGCGAACCAAGAAGAAGGAACAGUGUGCGCUGUAAAAGCUGGUUUUGUGCAUGUGGAUUGGCUCGGGUCUGUUCUCAUGGAUGGUGAUCUACAUUUGCCUCAACCCUCAAAAUUGCAAGAGGCAAAAGACCUUACCCUCUUAAGCUCUUUUCCGCAUGCAAACUGGCAGCUUGGUGAUUGGUGUAUGCUUCCAGGCACAGACUAUAAGAAUCAUCACAACAGUUCUGGAAAAUUGGACAAAGGCUUUCUGAGACGGGGCAUUAAUUUAAGUUCUGCACCAGUGUUUAUUAUUGCAAGGAUGAAAACAAGGGUCGAUGUUGUUUGGCAGGACAGUAGUUGUUCGGUCGGAGUAGAUUCACAGUCUUUGCUUCCCAUAAAUAUUAUCGACUCUCAUGAGUUUUGGCCUGAACAGUUUGUCCUAGAAAGCAGUUGUGAUGAUCCACAUGCUCCAAUUAGUCGGAAAUGGGGUGUUGUCCGAAGCAUGGAUGCUAAGGAAAAGACCGUAAGGAUAAUAUGGAAAAACGCUUCAAUGGAGACACCUGAUGAUAUUGGUGGAGAACAUCUUGAGGAAACCAUGAGUGCUUAUGAGCUACUCGAGCACCCAGAUUACUCCUACUGCCUUGGUGAUGUUGUCUUUAGAGUGGUUCAAAAUCAGACUGUUGUCAAAGCUACGGAGGAUCUUGUGGAGAGAGAAGCUACAAAGGCUGAGGAGGCCGACCUCGAAAUCGAAAAGUUUGGGAGAGAUCACAGGGGUGACCCGAAUAAUUUUUACUUGUCCUGUAUUGGCAACGUUGAAGGCUUCAAAGAUGGUGCUGUCGAGGUGAAAUGGGCAAAUGGUCUUACUACAAAGGUUGCACCCUAUGAGAUCAUUCGAUGUGAUAAAUAUGAAUGCUCAACUCCAUCUCCAUUGCCAUUUGAUGGAAACAUUGAGCAGAUUAAUCAGCAGGUGGUUGAAAAUGAGAUACUACCAAUCCAGAAAGGGAAGGAUUUGCUGUUCCCUUGUACAACCGAUGAAGAAUGUCAAAAGCCCUCUUCUGGAAGCACCUCCCUUUCACUCCCACAGAAUGCCAUGCGAUUUUUAACCAGUGUUGCGGCGACCCUAUUCGGAUCCUUCGGCUCGGUGUCAGAGUCAGGCGCUGUGCAAUUUUCUCUGAUAUCUGAAGAUGAAAAUGGAUGUCAAGCUUCUUUUGAAAAUCCAGUAGUAGAGACUUGCUGUGAUUCCAGUUCUGAGAUUCAAUCUUCUGUGGAGAAUGAGCCACCAGCGUCCGAAUGGACAAGUUUGAAAGUUGAAGUAAAAGAUGAUCAAGAAGAGGGGGGCCUUUUGAGUUUGUCCAAGGGCAAGGAUGUGGAACAAUUCAAGCAGUUUGACAUGGUCACGGAUUGCUCCGAUCACCACUUUCUCAAUGGUGCUGACAAAGGAGUGGCUUCAUCUCAGGUCAAAAAAGCUUGGUUGAAGAAGGUUCAGCAAGAGUGGAGCAUCUUGGUGAACAAUCUUCCUGAGACAAUCUACGUCCGUGCCUAUGAAGAAAGGAUUGAUCUCCUACGAGCAGCUAUUGUUGGUCCUCCAGGAACUCCCUAUCAUGACGGCCUUUUCUUCUUUGACAUUUUCCUCCCCCCAGAAUUUCCGAACGAGCCACCGAUGGUACACUACCACUCGGGAGGGCUUCGUGUGAACCCUAACCUCUAUGAAUCUGGAAAAGUCUGUCUCAGCCUUUUGAAUACUUGGACGGGCUCGGGCUCUGAAGUUUGGAACCCUGGAAAUUCCACCGUUCUUCAGGUUCUUGUGUCCCUCCAGGCCCUUGUGCUUAAUGACAAGCCCUACUUCAACGAAGCCGGGUAUGACAAGCAACUUGGAAAAAGAGGGGAGCGAAACUCUGUUAGUUACAACGAAAAUGCAUUCCUCAUGACGUGCAAGUCCAUGCUGUAUCUUCUUCGCAAGCCGCCCAAGCAUUUCGAGGCACUUGUGGAAGAGCACUUCAGCAACCGCAGUGACAAUAUUCUCUAUGCUUGCAAGGAAUAUAUGAAAGGCGCUCCAGUAGGAUUUGCUCGGAGGUGGAGAAAAAGCACAAGAAACUCAAAAGGAAGCUCCACUGGGUUUAAGAUCAUGCUGACCAAGCUAUUCACUAAGCUCGUCGAUGCAUUCACAGAAAAGGGGAUUGACUGCAGCCAGUUUCUCGGUGCAUGAAUACCGAAUCUAUAUGGCUCCGUCGACAAGAAUCACUGAACAAAUAAUUACUCAUAUGUUAUACAUAAGGUGUGGAGUUUGUCCUGUGUUUGCCUUAUCGGCAAUUUGUAUAUAGAUGUUGCUCUGUGUGUGCGGUUGAUCAAGAGUAAAACACCUUAGUGAUGCAGGUGAUAGUUUGUAUCGGACCCCCCCCCAAAAAAAAAAAAAAAAGGAAGUCGCUUGCGUAUGCUUGCUGCAUUCUGGUGUAUCAUUAUGUAAUCGCUUUGGUGUAAAAGCUUGAGAAUAACAAUGGCAUAAGGACUGUCAUGUCCGGCUUGGCCGUUGCCUUGUGUCAUGCUACCUGUAAUAAAAUUCAUAUGAGUGUUUUGA